UGGGCGUGGUGUCCGGGCCGCGGAGGGUACGGAGCGCGGUGGAGCCGGGACGGCGCUCUGGGGGCCCUUGGAGGACCUAGGGUCGGGGCUAGGGGACUCUUCGAGGUCCUGUCUGCAGCCCCAGUGGCAGCUUUCACCGAGUAGAAGCCGCCAGAGGGCCGAGUGGCCACCAUGGCCACUUUCAGGCAGGAGGAUGUGGAGGAGCACUACGAGAUGGGGGAGGAGCUGGGCAGCGGCCAGUUCGCCAUCGUCCGCAAGUGCCGGCAGAAGGGCACGGGGAAGGAGUUCGCCGCCAAGUUCAUCAAGAAGCGGCGUCUGUCGUCCAGCCGGCGGGGCGUGAGCCGGGAGGAGAUCGAGCGGGAGGUGGACAUCCUGCGGGAGAUCCGGCACCCCAACAUCAUCGCGCUGCACGACAUCUUCGAGAACCGGACGGACGUGGUGCUGAUCCUGGAGCUGGUGUCGGGCGGCGAGCUCUUCGACUUCCUGGCCGAGAAGGAGUCGCUGACCGAGGACGAGGCCACCCAGUUCCUGAAGCAGAUCCUGGACGGCGUGCACUACCUGCACUCCAAGCGCAUCGCCCACUUCGACCUCAAGCCAGAGAACAUCAUGCUGCUGGACAAGGACGUGCCCAACCCGCGCAUCAAGCUCAUCGACUUCGGCAUCGCCCACAAGAUCGAGGCGGGGAACGAGUUCAAGAACAUCUUCGGCACCCCGGAGUUCGUGGCUCCCGAGAUCGUCAACUACGAGCCCCUGGGCCUGGAGGCCGACAUGUGGAGCAUCGGCGUCAUCACCUACAUCCUCCUGAGCGGCGCGUCCCCGUUCCUGGGCGAGACCAAGCAGGAGACCCUGACCAACAUCUCGGCGGUGAACUACGACUUCGACGAGGAGUACUUCGGCAACACCAGCGAGCUGGCCAAGGACUUCAUCCGCCGCCUGCUGGUCAAAGACCCCAAGGCGCCUGAAGACGGCGCGGCUGAAGGAGUACACCAUCAAGUCGCACUCCAGCAUGCCGCCCAACAACACCUACGUCAACUUCGAGCGCUUCUCCAAGGUGCUGGAGGAGGUGGCGGCGGCCGAGGAGGGCCUGCGCGAGCUGGAGCGCAGCCGGCGGCUGUGCCACGAGGACGUGGCGGCGCUGACGGCCAUCUACGAGGAGAAGGAGGCCUGGUACAGGGAGGAGCACGAGAGCAUCGGCCAGGACCUGCGGCGGGGGCUGCGGCGCCGCCUCAGCCGCCUGGAGAACCGCUACGAGGCGCUGGCCAAGCAGGUGGCCUCCGAGAUGCGCUUCGUGCAGGACCUGGUGCGGGCCAUGGAGCAGGAGAAGCUGCAGGCAGUGGGGUGUGGCCUCCGCUAGGGCGGCUGCCUCCCGGGGGCUCCCUGGCUCCAGCCCUGCUGGAUCCCAGGCUGCGCACCCAGGGCCGGGGACCCUGCAGGGGUCCCCCUCCCAGCCCGGCCACCUCCACAGCAGUCCUACCGGCGUCCUCCCAGCCCCACCU